AUGGCAGCAUACGUGGCUGUUGUAAAGGACCUGUAUCAGAUUGUGCCUCUACGACGUUCUUCUCUACUUGCAUUCCGUUGUCUUCUCUUGAUAAGGACAAUACUGCCGAUUGUGACUCAACAGGAACCAUAUGCUGGUUUCGACACUGAGUUUCCAAAAUGUGUCACUAUCCUCAUGUCUUCAAGGGCAAAUCGAGAUACUACAUACUCUAUCUUCAACUGCUACUCAAUGGAUUUGAAAGAGACAUACUUUUUGCAAGAUUACCCGCCUUAUGUGUCCACAACUGACACGGAAACUUCAACCACGACUACUACUAUUCCACCACCACCACCACCACCUUCACCUCCGAAGUCAACUCCCGUCGGCGCGAUUGUCGGUGGUGUUGUCGGCGGCCUCGCAGUAAUUGCUCUUCUCGUCAUAGGCAUCUUCUUCUACCGCCGGAAAAAACACACCGAUGGGCCCGAGGUUGAACAAACCAAUCUCCCAACUGCGCAGCCACCAAACCAGCCAGGCCUUGCCUCACAACCGGUAUACAACGCUCAGACUAGUCACACUGCUUGGUCCCCAACUAGCCCCGAUCCCAACUUGCCAAUGUAUAACCCUGCUGGUGGACAAUAUCAGAUUACGCCCUCCACUUCUCCCCGUUCUGAGGGAUUCAGAAGCAUACCUGGAGGCCAGGAACCAAAAGAGGUGCCGGCUACCAGUCCGGUGGGGAUGGGUGACAACCGGGCUGAGCUAACCUGA